GACUUUUCUCCAGCAGAGACGGGCGGCGGGGGCAGCCGCAGGACGGAGCUGGUCCUGCCGAGCCCUGGACAGAUGAACAGCUCCAGGAUGAGGCUGUGGCUCCUGCUCACUCUCCAGGUCUUAGGAGUCCUGUUCGAGCCAGUAAAAGGCCAGGGAGAGAGAGGUCGAGUGACCUGCACCAACCUCUAUGCCGCUGACAUCGUCUUCCUGCUGGAUGGAUCCUCCUCCAUUGGUCGAAACAACUUUCGAGAAGUCCGGGCCUUCAUGGAGGGGCUGGUGCUUCCUUUCACUGAGGUCAUAGGGCCUUCUGGUGUCCGCUUCAGUGUGGUGCAGUACAGUGAUGAUCCACGGACUGAGUUUGGCCUGGAUACCUACGGUUCUGGUAAUGAUGUGAUCCAAGCAGUGCGGGAGCUCUCCUACAAGGGAGGAAACACUCGCACUGGGGCUGGAUUCCGACACGUCGCAGACCAUAUCUUUCUGUCUCGGCUUGCCAGGCCUGGUGUCCCCAAGGUCUGCAUCCUCAUCACUGAUGGGAAAUCUCAAGACCAGGUGGAUGCCGCAGCUCAGAGGCUGAAGGGACAGGGGGUGAAGGUGUUUGCAGUGGGGAUCAAGAAUGCUGACCAGGGAGAACUUCGCAGGGCAGCCUCGGAGCCACCGGAUGUCUUCUUCUACUUCGUCAAUGACUUUAGCAUCCUCAGCACCCUGCUGCCCCUCGUGUCCCGUCGCGUCUGCACCACCACGGGGGGCACCCCCCAGAUUGUGCCCCCAGAGGGUCUCCCCUCUGGUCCCCGAGAUCUGGUGCUAUCACAGGCAAGCAGUGACUCCCUCUUGGCUGAAUGGACAGCAGCUAGUGGUCCUGUGGUCAGCUACAAGGUGCAGUAUGUCCCUCUCAUUGGGCUAGGACAUCCUGUGCCUGACCAGCGGCAGGAGGUGACUGUGCCUGCAGGGGAGACGCAUGUCCGGCUGCAAGGUUUGCGGCCACAGACCAAGUACCUGGUGACAGUGGUUGCCCAGUAUGCCAACAGUGUUGGGGAGGCUGUCAGUGGGACUGCCCAGACCUCUGCACUGGAGGGGCCCAUGAUCUCCAUCCAGAAUGCCACAGCCCACACUCUCCUCGUGGCCUGGCGGGAUGUGGCUGGAGCCAGUGGUUAUCGAGUGACCUGGAGGAGUUUAGAGAGUGGGUCCUCCCAGCAGCUGGACAUUGGCCGGGGCCAAACUUCUGCCCUUCUAAAGGGCCUGAUCCCAGACACAGAAUACGUGGUGACUGUGACCCCUAUCCAUGGCAGGACACCAGGGCCCUCUGCAUCACUGACAGCCCGAACGGAAGUGGGCAUUGUUCAGAGCUUACAGACGGUCAUCUUGGGCCCCACAUCCAUCCAUGUAUUCUGGACUCACAUCCCUGAGGCCCAGCGCUACAGGCUGGAGUGGAGACGAGUGAGCGGCUCAGAGCCAACACAGACGGUGGUGCUGGCCUCGGAUGUGACCAGUUACCAGCUUCAGGGGCUGCAGCCGGGCACCGAGUACCGGAUCACACUCUACACCCUGUAUGAGGGCCGUGAAGUUGCUACGCCUGCCACCAUCUCUCAAACUGUGCUGGAACCGGCCCCCGGCCCAGUGUCUGAUUUACGAGUAGCUGAAACGUCACCAUCCAGGCGACUGGUCAGAGUGGUCUGGAGCUCUGUGCCCGGUGCCUCUGGCUAUCGUUUUGUGGUGCGCAAUACACAAGAUGGCUCUGAGAAGACCCAGAGGCUUCCUGCUGAGCAGACAAGCUUUGAGCUGGACAGAGUCCAGCCUGGUGUGAGCUAUGUAGUGCGUGUGUCAGCCCUGGCCGGAAACCGAGAAGGCACACCUGGCAUCCUCACUAUUCGGCUUGACCCUGAGCCUGUGCCCAGGGUCCCCAGACUUCGAGUGGUAGCGUCAGAGCCAGGCCGGGUCCAGGUGUCCUGGGGCACGGUGCCUGGAGCUAGCGGUUACCGGUUGAGCUGGCGGCUGAGAGAUGGCCAGGAGUCUUCCCGGACCCUGCCAGCAGACACCACAUCCUUUGACAUUGGGGGACUGCGGCCAGGGGCCACUUAUCAAAUUUCAGUGUCUGCCCUACGGGGUGCUGACCAGGGUCCCCCCUCAGUCCUCACCAUCCUCACAGACUCUCCAGGAGCCGUGUCUGGUCUUCGUGUGACUCAUACCGGGAGCUCAUCCGUCAGGAUCACCUGGACGGGCGUCCCAGGAGCCACUAGCUACAGGAUCUCUUGGCACUCAGGCAGAGGGCCAGAACAAUCCCAGCUAGUCCCUGGGGAAGCUUCAACAGCCAAACUGGAUGGGCUGGAGCCAAACACAGACUACACAGUGAGAGUCACAGCCUUGGUGGGCAGCUUGGAAGGGGCAGCUGCUUCUGUGGCUGUGAGGACUGCCCCAGAGCCAGUAGGUGCUGUGUCCAGGCUACAGAUCCUUGAUUCAUCCAGUGAUGUUGUUCGAGUCACCUGGGUGGGAGUCCCUGGGGCCACAUCCUACAGGCUGGUGUGGGGAAGAAGAGACGGUGGCCCGGAGAGUAGCCGGAUGCUCCCAGGAGACACAGACUCGGCUGAGAUUCGGGGCCUGGAGGGAGGCGUCAGUUACACAGUCCGAGUGACUGCGCUGAUCGGGAACCGCGAGGGGGCGCCUGUGAGCCUCACAGUGACCACACCACCCGUGGCUCCUGUUGCCCCAGGCUCACUUAGGCUCCUGCAGAGUGAGGAGCGGGCGCUCCGCCUGGCUUGGGACCCUGUGCCGGGGGCCGGCGGCUUCCGACUCCGCUGGCGGCCCGAAGGAGGCCCAGAGCAGUCCAGGGUCCUGGGUCCAGAAGUCAGCCACUAUGACCUGGUAGGGUUGGAGCCAGGGACACGAUACCAUGUGACCCUGAGCACCUUGGGUCCUUCUGGAUCAGGAGAGAGCCCACCAGUGACCCUAUCUGCCCAAACUGGGCUUCCCUCCCUCCUUACCACUGACCUUCGUAUUGUGGAGACCUCACUGGAUUCAGUGACAUUGGCCUGGACCCCGGUGCCAGGGACAUCCAGCUACAUUCUGUCUUGGAGACCACUUCCAGGCUCUGGACACACUGCCACUGGGGCUCAGCAGACACUUCCAGGCUCCUUGAACUCCCACAGGGUGUCAGGGCUGGAACCUGGUGUCUCCUACACAUUUUCCUUAAGCCCUGUCCAGGGAAGCAGCCGAGGUCCUGAGACUUCACUCAUUCAGCAUCCUGGAUGCUCACAUGGCCAGGCAGAUGUCGUGUUCCUGAUCCAUGCCACGAGGGACAAUGAGCAUCACUCCGGUGUUGUGAAGUCUGCCCUCAGCCGCCUAGUGUCUGCCCUGGGACCACUUGGGCCAGAUGCUAUGCAGGUCGGGCUUAUGACCUACAGCCACCGGCCCUCUCCCCUGGUCCCCCUGAAUGGCUCCUAUGAUCGAAACUCCAUCCUUCAGCGGAUCCAGGGCAUUCCCUACACAGAUCCAAGCGGGAACAACCUUGGUGUUGCCAUCUCUAUGGCAUACAGGUACCUGCUGUCCCCCAACAGCAGUGGGCGUCGCCCCCAUGUGCCUGGCUUGCUGGUGCUGGUGGUCGAUGGUCCUUCUGGGGACGAUGUCAUCAGUCCCGCUCGAGAGAUCCAGGCUGCAGGGAUCUCUGUACUUGCAUUGGGGCUGCCUGGGGCUCAGCAGGAGCAGCUCAGGCGUCUGGUAUCCGGGGUGGAUCCUGCCCCCGUCUUUAUUGCUGUGGACAAUGCCCGUGGUCUGGAGCAGGCUGUUGGUGGCUUAGCCGCUGCUCUUUGCCAGGCAGCCUCUGGCACCCAGCCGAGGCCUCUGCCCUGCCCAUCACAGUGUCCGAGGGGCCAGAAAGGGGAACCUGGAGAGACUGGCCAGAAAGGACAAGCUGGCCCCCCUGGAGAGCCGGGCAGUAGUGGCCCCCCUGGAGCUCGGGGAUUACCUGGAGGUGGUGAGAAGGGCGAGAGGGGGUUCCCUGGAGUGGAUGGGCGACCAGGCAGCCCUGGUAACCCUGGAAGUCCUGGUCUGACAGGCUCUCCUGGCCGACCUGGCCCUCGAGGGGAAGCGGGGGAACCAGGCCUGCCGGGGCAGAAGGGGGAACCGGGGAAGCCUGGGUCUGUUAUCGGAGGAGGAGCAGGACAGCCGGGCAAGAAAGGGGAGCCAGGUGUCCAGGGACCUCCAGGCCCCCGUGGCUCAGAUGGGAACCCAGGCUUGCCAGGACCCCGAGGAACAUCGAUAAAGGGUGACAAGGGUGAUAGAGGAGAGCCGGGCCUUCCUGGAGUAAGCGGUGGAGGAGUUGGAGGGGGUGAUCCAGGGCUGCCGGGCCUCCCAGGAAAUCCAGGUCCUAUGGGCCCCCCUGGCCUCCCUGGGGAGAAAGGAGACAAGGGUGAAGGCGAAACUGGACUUCCGGGGCUCCCAGGUCGACAAGGGAACCCAGGAGACAGAGGUCCUCGAGGACCACCAGGAGAACCUGGAAGCAAAGGAGACCCGGGCCUACCAGGGUUUUCUGGGGAGGUUGGAGAGAAGGGUGAUCGAGGCCCCCCGGGUCCACCAGGGCUGCAGGGGGAGCCCGGCUUGUCAGGGAGACCUGGGGCUGAGGGCCAAGAGGGACCCCCAGGACCAGCUGGUCGAAGAGGAGAGAAGGGAGAACCUGGGGAGCCUGGAAAACCUGGGCAGAUCUUGGGAUUCGAUGGUACUGGAGUAAAAGGAGAGAAGGGAAAUCUGGGACCAGAGGGACCCAGGGGAAUCCCAGGACCCAAAGGGGAUCGGGGUCUACCUGGAGUUGGUAUUCCUGGGGAUCCUGGCCCCAAAGGGGAGCCUGGAGAGCGAGGUGCCAUUGGCCUCACAGGCAGAGCUGGGCCCAAGGGCGAUGCUGGGGCUUCAGGAGAGAAAGGGGAGUCCGGACGAGCAGGGCCCCCAGGACCCAUUGGCCCUCGAGGGAGAGAUGGUGAACCUGGAGAGAAGGGGGAUGAGGGCCCUGUGGGUGAGACAGGUCUGCCUGGAAAGCCUGGAGACCGGGGUCUUCGGGGGCCCCCAGGCAUUCGGGGCACACCAGGUGAGAAGGGAGACCAAGGUGAUCCUGGAGAGGAUGGACGAAAUGGCAGUCCAGGACCAAUGGGUUUCAAAGGUGAACGUGGAGAACCGGGCCCGCCAGGACCCCCUGGGAGAUCGGUGGGUCCAGAGACUGGAAUUCCAGGGGUUGGAGAGAAAGGAUUGAAGGGGGAUCCUGGUGACCCUGGAGAGGAUGGGCCUCGGGGCCCCAAGGGUGAUGCUGGACCCCCAGGAGCUCCUGGGGAGAGGGGGGCUGAAGGCUUGCGAGGUCCCCCUGGAUCCCGGGGAGAUGCAGGUGACCGGGGCCCUGCUGGGGAGAAGGGUGAGCGGGGAACCCCUGGGUUGGAUGGUCGGAAUGGACUGGAUGGGAAACCAGGAGCAGUAGGAGCCCCUGGACUGAGGGGUGACACUGGCAAAGCUGGGGAGCCUGGAAGAGAUGGACUCCCAGGCCUGAGAGGAGAACAGGGACCUUCUGGGCCUCCUGGUCUUCCUGGAGUGACCGGGAAACCUGGAGAUGAUGGCAAACCGGGGCUGAAUGGGAAAAACGGAGAACCUGGAGACCCUGGAGAAGAUGGGAGGAAGGGUGACAAGGGUGAAGCUGGAGCCCCUGGAAGAGAUGGUCGGGAUGGUUCCAAAGGUGAUCGUGGGGAUGUAGGAAACCCAGGACUACAGGGUCCCCCUGGGCUGCCUGGCCCAGUUGGCCCCCCAGGCCAGGGUUUUCCAGGUGUUGCUGGGAGUCCAGGGCCCAAGGGUGACCGAGGAGAAGCAGGAGCUAGAGGUGAACAGGGACUCCCUGGAGAGCGUGGCCUGAAAGGAGAAUCAGGCUCUGUGACAAACAUAGAGCAAUCCCUGGAGUCCCUUGGCCUCAGGGUGCCUACACUUCGACAAAUUGUGAAAGAAAGCUCAGAGGGCUUCUUUGGCAUCGCUGGCCCAGAUCGAGGCCACAAAGGGGAGCCUGGAGAGCGUGGGCCAGUGGGCAAGGAGGGGCCUGUCGGCUUGACCGGAGAGCGAGGCCCCAAGGGGGACAGAGGAGACACGGGCCCCCCUGGACCUCCAGGCCAUUCUCUUAUCGAGAGGGGAUCGCCUGGUCCCCCGGGUCAGCCUGGGGAACCAGGCAAACCUGGUAUCCCUGGGCUUCCAGGCCGAGCAGGAGAGCUGGGUGAGGCCGGACGACCAGGGGAGAGGGGGGAGCGUGGAGAGAAGGGGGAGCGCGGUGAACAGGGCAGAGACGGCUUACCGGGUCCUCCUGGUCCCCCCGGGCCAAAGGUUGAUGUGGAUGGGGCGAUUCCCGGAGGCCCUGGAGAGCCUGGAGUCCCUGGGCUCAGGGGGGCUAAGGGCGAGCCAGGCAGAGAUGGAGACAGAGGCCCCAAAGGUGACAAGGGAGAGAAUGGAGCCAAGGGUGACCGCGGAGAGGUCGGGGAGAAGGGCCGAGAUGGCAGCCCGGGUCCUUCUGGAGAGCGGGGUCCCCCAGGGCUAGAAGGAAAGCCGGGUCCUCAGGGUGCAAGAGGAGCCCCGGGUCAAGCCGGCAACCAGGGGGACCCAGGACCACAUGGUGUCCCGGGACUUGCCGGCCCCCCAGGACCACAGGGCCCAUCCGGCUUGAAGGGGGAGCCUGGUGAGCCUGGACCACCAGGGCGGGGCCUGCCUGGCCCCCCGGGAGCUGUGGGUCUUCCUGGCCCCCCAGGUUCCUCUGGCCUUGUGGGCCCACAGGGGGCACCAGGUCUACCAGGUCAAGUGGGGGAGACAGGGAAGCCCGGAGUGACAGGCCGGGACGGCAAAGAUGGAGAAAGGGGGGCUCCUGGCGUCCCUGGUCCACCUGGCCUGCCUGGCCCUGUUGGACCCAAGGGGGAGCCUGGAGCUGCAGGACUCCCAGGACAGGCUGUGGUCGGGCCCCCUGGGAUGAAGGGUGAGAAGGGAGCCCCUGGAGGCCUUGCUGGGGACCUAGUAGGAGAACCUGGAUCCAAAGGGGACAGAGGACUUCCUGGGCCUCGAGGAGAGAAGGGUGAGGCCGGACAGCCCGGGGAACCUGGAGACCCUGGAGAAGAUGGCCGGAAAGGUGCACCAGGACUCAGGGGUGAAAAGGGUGCCAUGGGGAUGGGGAUCCAGGGCCCUCCUGGAUCAGAUGGGCCCCCUGGCCUGAAGGGAGACUCGGGCCCUCCAGGUCUUCCUGGACCCCCAGGAACGCCUGGUGUUGUUGGAUUCCCUGGCCAUGCAGGCCCCAGAGGAGAGCCUGGGCAGCCGGGCCCUAGUGGAGAGAGGGGUUUGAUGGGUCCCCCUGGGAAAGAAGGGGCCCCAGGGCCUUCUGGGUUGCCAGGACAGACUGGGGCAGCGGGACCUCCUGGGGCCUUUGGACCCAAAGGAGACAAGGGAGAUCCUGGAGUGGGGCAGCCAGGAGCCCGUGGAGAGAGAGGGGAUCCAGGCAUCCGGGGUGAAAAUGGCCGUCCUGGUCUGGAGGGAGACAGAGGCCCCGCGGGCCCUCCAGGGAAUCGGGGGGAACGAGGGGACAAGGGUGACGCAGGAAUCCCUGGACUGAAGGGUGACAAGGGUGAUACAGCUGUGAUCGAGGGACCUCCUGGGCCUCGAGGCCCCAAGGGAGAGACAGGUGACCGAGGCCUGAGAGGCUUAGAUGGUGACAAAGGUGCCAGAGGAGACAUUGGCCUUCCUGGGGAAAAGGGCAUGAAGGGAGAACUAGGAGACAAAGGCUCUCCUGGAUCACAGGGUGUUCGAGGCCCCAUAGGGCAGAAGGGCGAGGCUGGUGAGCCAGGGAUCCCUGGGGCAUCGGGUCUCUCUGGAAAAGAUGGUAUUCCUGGUGCCCACGGAGAGAAGGGGGAGCCAGGCUUUAUGGGCCCCCGAGGUCUCAAGGGAGAGCGGGGCCUGAAAGGGGCCUGUGGCCAAGACGGGGAGAAGGGAGACAAGGGGGAAGCAGGUCUCCAUGGACGGCCUGGGCUCCCUGGACGGAAAGGAGACAUGGGGGAGAUGGGGCUGCCAGGCCUGUCGGGGCACCCAGGAAAGGAGGGUUUGAUCGGCCCCAAGGGUGACCGAGGAUUUGAUGGCCAGCAAGGACCCAAGGGUGAUCAGGGUGAGAAAGGGGAGCGGGGGGCUCCCGGUGUUGGGGGGAUGCAAGGCCCCAGAGGCAAUGAUGGAGCCUCUGGACCCCCUGGGCCUCCAGGCAGCAUCGGCCCUAAAGGUCCUGAAGGUAUUCAGGGGCAAAAGGGGGAGAGGGGUCCCCCCGGGGAGAGUGUGGUUGGUGCCCGAGGGGCCCCCGGAAUUCCAGGAGAGCGAGGGGAGCAGGGGAAUGCAGGUCCUGUGGGCCCCCGAGGAGAGAAGGGGGAGGCAUCUAUGACGGAAUCUGACAUCCGGAGCUUCAUUCGGCAGGAGAUGAGUCAGCAUUGUGCCUGUGGGGGUCAGUUUAUCUCAUCAGGAUCAAGACCCCUUCCCAGUUACUCUGCCGACACCCCAGCCGCUGGCCACUGGCCCCACCCGGUACCUGUGCUGAGGCUCUCCCACGCGGAAGAGGAAGGGCCGGGGCCUCCAGAAGAUGAUGAGUACUCCCUGGAAGAUUAUGAGGACAUGGAGGGUGAUCUUACUGAGGAGCCCUGGACUCAUGGAGAUGGUUUGUGUUCUCUGCCAAUGGAUGAAGGCUCUUGCUCCAACUACACCCUACGCUGGUAUCACCGCCCUGGCAGGGGCUGUCAUCCCUUUGUAUUUGGUGGCUGUGAGGGCAAUGCCAACCGCUUCAGUUCCCGUGAGGACUGUGAACGACAAUGUCUACCCCAUGGAGGCCCAGGUGCUCCCCGUGCCUCUCAGAGUUGAGGUGUCAGAAUGGACAGAGUGCCUGCCCCUCUGCUGAGGGGGAGUGAGUGCUGACCCCUGGAGGAGUCACUGGGGGCUGCAGAAGGGCUUGGGACCCUCCCCCUCCCCUUCCUCGUCUCCCCGACCCUGUAUCUCCCUCAGAUGGGGCCGGAUGGGAACUUGGUGCUACACGGGUGUGUGUGUGUGUGUGUUUGUCAAUUUUCAUGAAAUUGUAUCCAGCAAAAGGGCCGAGGGGUCUGCCUGGUGCCCCUCCUUCCAGAAUUCUGCCUCCCCCCUCAGUUCCUGCCCCUGUCCUCCAGGUCCAGAUGAUUUAGGGGACAAGGGCAGGUGGUGCUAACAGAGCUGACCUCCAAUGGACUGUCUGGGUGUCUGGCCCCUGCUUCACUGCUGGCUCUGAUGGUGCUGACCCGGGUCAAGGACAAGGGGACAUGGGGAAGGGGUAGCUCUCCCAUUGGCUCCACUCCGCCUCUUUGGUCCCAGAUUGGGGUAUGUUUGGGAAUCA